AUGCGAUCGCCACAAGUUACCGGCUCCGAAACCACCUCCUCCACUACUACUGCCCCCUCAAUAACAACCACCAUCACAACAACGGCGGACAAACAGCUGACGCCCGUCGCCCGGCGUCCGCAGUUCCGCACACCGUUGGGCGAGAACGUUCAGAGAAAAUAUUGUCAUGUGCGCGGCGCGUUGAACACGCGCGCGCGGACAGGCACCACGCGCCUCGUGCACACGCACACGGCCAGCUCGCACGCACCGCCGCGUUCACGCGUACGCACAUGCGCUCGCCACUGCGCCGCAGCUGCACUAUACGGCCGUAGAAAAGAAUAA